CGCCCCCGGGACCGAGUAACCUUCGCAGGACAACAUAGAAGAACAAAAUGGAAACCACGCUAUUUUGGUUGAUACUUUCCACCCUUGGGUGGACUCUCAUCGAUGCAUCUGAAAUGGAACGGGAUUUCACGUGGCACUUGAGAAAAAUACCCCGGCUUGUCAGUGAAAGGACCUUCCAUCUCACCAGCCCCACCUUUGAAGCAGACGCUAAGAUGGUGUUAAAUCAAGCGUGUGGCAUCGAAUGCCAGAAAGGACUCCCGGCUCCCAACCUUUCUGACCUGGAAGACUCUCUCUCAUAUGAGACUGUCUUUGAGAACGGCACCCGAACCUUGACCAGAGUGAAAGUUCAAGGUUGGGUCCCUGAGCCACAUGAAAAUCUCACUGCCCAGGGAGCACCUGUGAGGAGAAAGAGACAGGUGUACGGCACUGACAGCAGGUUCAGCAUCUUGGACAAGAGAUUCUUAACCAAUUUCCCUUUCAAUACGGCCGUGAAGCUCUCCACGGGCUGCAGUGGUAUCCUCAUCUCCCCCAACCACGUCCUAACAGCUGCCCAUUGUGUCCACGACGGAAACGACUACAUCAAAGGCAGCAAAAAGCUAAGGGUAGGGUUGUUGAAGAUGAGAAAUAAAGGUAGUGGCAAGAAACAUAGAGGUUCUAGGAGGAACAGGAGGGAAGCAAGGGGUGGUGCUGGAAGAGAGGGUAGCAGAGAGAACCUGAAGGAGGGCGCCAAGGCCGGGAGAAGGAGAAAGGAAUCUGCUCGGGGUCAGAGAGCCGCUGACGGGAUGCCCUCCUUCCAGUGGACCCGGGUCAAGAACACCCACAUCCCCAAAGGCUGGGCUAGAGGAGGGAGGGGAGAUGCGGCCUUGGAUUAUGACUACGCCCUUCUGGAGCUGAAGCGUGCUCACAAAAAGAAAUACAUGGAGCUGGGCAUCAGUCCCACCGUCAAGAAGCUGCCCGGCGGAAUGAUCCACUUCUCAGGAUUUGAUCACGACAGGGCAGAUCAGUUAGUCUACCGGUUUUGCAGCGUGUCCGAUGAAUCCAAUGAUCUUCUCUAUCAAUACUGCGAUGCCGAGUCGGGCUCCACUGGCUCUGGGGUCUAUCUGCGUCUGAAAGAUCCGGACAAAAAGAGAUGGAAACGCAAAAUCAUUGCGGUCUAUUCUGGCCACCAGUGGGUGGACAUAAACGGAGUUCAGAAGGACUACAACGUGGCCGUGCGCAUCACGCCCCUCAAGUACGCCCAGAUCUGCCUCUGGAUGCACGGGGAUGAUGCCAGUUGCACCUACGGCUAA